GCUGUGCACGUCUGUUGGCUCUGCGCAAAAUAAAGUGAACAAAAAAUAACAUAAAAUUGGCAAUAAGAAUACUAAAUAAUAAGAAAAAAACAAAGACUGCGCGCUUGAAAAUCGAAUUGAAAUGUUGGCGGCGUAACUAGCGAAAUAAAUGCGGUAGCAAUAUUAAUUUCUAUAUAUAUUCAAAUAAAAAUAUAUAUAUUUAUUUAUUUAUUUAUUAAUGGCAAUGUGCAAGUGCAUGCAAAUGUGGUUUAUGAGCCGCGGCCUGUGUGUGUGACAAAUCAGUUUGCAAAUAGCUUGCAAAUAGCGGCAUUCGUUUUCGGCCACACCACACAAAUUGUCCAAUAAGAAACGCAAAACUGUGCGUGUGCGUGUGUGCGUGCGUGUGCCUGUGAAUUUAUGGAAUAUGCACAGUGUGCUACAACAACUAGAACAACAAAAACAACAACAACUUUAGCUAAAUACAACAAGCAGCAAUAAGCAAAUACAGCCUGAGCAUGGAGCUGAGCAACUUUUCCAACAAUAAGAAAAUGUCACGCGAGGAGCGUCGCUACUCGGUGCCGCAUGGUCCCAACACGCCGCUGCCGCCGGCGGCAUCCGAAGAUCUGCAUGCCUGGUCCAUUUAUAGGCAAAAUCUGAACUCUGACUUCACCGAUUCGGCGCUGGGCUCGUCAGAUAAAUCACCGCUGCCAUAUGGAAAUUUCCAGCUACGCGACACCACAGUGCAAUCAAUCUUAAAUCAUCCGCGCUACGGACCCAAAUCGCCCCUAGGUUCGAACAUGUACACAUAUCUCAAGUUUGGGCUGCCGCGCGUCUUUCCGCCUAAUGCCGGGUCACAGCGCUCCCAUCGACCUGGUCCGGGACCGGGCGGCUCCAGUGCACUGGGCGGCGUGCGCGGCCGUGUGAAUCGCGGCUUUCGCGACAGUUCGGCUGCCCCGGCAGGCGCCGGCUCCAGCGGCUAUGACAGCAGCGAUAAUGAGACGACACGCAGUCGUGUGCCGCCCAAUUUGCGCAAAUAUCGCAGCGAAUCCGAUUUCCGUGCCAUCAGCGGCAUGGGCAUGGCCAUGGCGCACUCACGCCCGGAGUCACGGGCCCAGGGCGGCGUGCCGUCGGCGGCGCUGCGUCAGGCGAACAGUCGCGCCAGCAUUGCCGUGGGCCAGCAUCAUCAUCUCCACCACCAGCAGCAGCAGCAACAGCAACAGCAGCAGUACAUGACCAAUGGCAAGCACUACGGACAUCGUUCGCACAGCGAGGCUGAUCUGCUCGGCGCCGGAUUGGGCGGCGAUGGUGGCGGCGGCGGCCUGGGCUAUGACUAUGGUGAAUCGCGCAUCUAUGGCAGCUCGCGGCACGGAGCGCAGUACGGGCGCAAACAGUCGAGUCUGGGCCUGAUCUAUCCGAAUAUACAGGUGCACUGCCUGGACGUGAGUCCCUGCCUGCACGGCGUCUCGCUGCAGGCAAAGGCCGGCGAUCUGUUUGCCAUUAUGGCAACGUCACAGCGCGAGGGCAGCGCAUUGGCCGAGUGCCUGGCGGGUCUGCGCGAGCGUCUGGGUGGCGAGAUUCUGAUCAAUGGCCAACAGGUGAAUCGGCGUGGGCUGCGCGAACUUUGCAGCUAUGUGCCCGCCCUGGAGGUCUCCUCGCUGGAUCCGCGCAUGAGUGUGCAGUGUACGCUGAAUUUCCAUGCGGCGUUGCGCGGCCCGCUGGAUCGCAGCGAUCUGAAGGAGCGCAUGGAUGUGCUCAUUGAGGAUCUGGGGCUGAAUACGGUGCGCGCCUCGAAUGUCUCGACGCUCACCCAUUCGGAGAAGCAGCGUCUGAGCGUCGCCUGCCAGUUGCUGGCGCAAUCAUCGCUGCUGAUACUCGACCAGGUCACCAGCAAUAUGGACAUCUUUGACACGUUCUUUCUGGUGGAGUAUCUGCGGCAAUGGUGCAGCGGUGGUCGCAUUGUCAUCAUGACUCUGCAGCCACCUACCUUUGAGAUAUUGUCCAUGUGCUCCGGCGUGCUGUUGCUGUCCGGCGGACGCACCGUCUUCUCCGGCAGUCGCGCCGAUUUGCCACGCCACAUGGGCGAACUGGGCUAUCCGUGUCCGCCCUUCAAGAAUCCAGCGGAUUAUUAUUUGGAUCUGGUCACCUUGGAUGAUUUGUCGGCCGCUGCCAUGCUGGAGUCAUCGGCGCGCAUCGAAUCGUUGGCCAAUGCCUGGGAUCAAAUCAAUUCGGAGCCGCCGCUGGCCGCGCCGCCCGCCUCGCUGCCUAAUUUUACGCUGAAAGCGGGCUUCUUUGGCCAGGCCAAGGCGCUAGUUAAACGCUUUGCCGGCUACAAGCAGCCCGGCUCGCUGCUCACUUGGAUCAGCAAGCUGAUAGCCGCUGCGGUGCUCUCCCUCUGCAUUGGCUGCAUCUUCUGGGAUGUGCCCGCCUCGGAUCCGCAGUUGACCUACAACGAUCGCUUUGGCUAUCACCAUUGCGUCAUGGUGCUGGCCUACUGGCCGCUGGUCAUGCUAACUAUACGGGACACCCAGGAGGAUCGACGACACGCGGAGCGUGAUAUACGACUGGGCCUCUACUCGCGCAGUCUCUACAUCAUUGUGCAGAGCCUGCUCGGCCUGUUUCCCAGCUUGUGCAUCUGGUUGGCCUAUUUGCUGCCGGCUCACAGCAUGGCCGGACUAUACACCUACUCGAAUAGCAGCGACACGGGCAUCUAUUUGUACAUGGGGUAUAUGCUGCUCUAUCUAACGCUAAUACAAACGCUGGCCUUGUUCUGCGCCCAUCUGCUGCCCUGCAAGGUCUCUGCCAGUCUGGUGAAUGCCCUGAUCAGUCUGGCGCUGACUGCCGUCGGCGGCUAUCUGGUGCAUCCGCGUAAUCUGUCCAAGCUCUGGUCUUGGCUGCAGUUGGCCUCACCGCAGCGUUGGCUGCUGCCCGUCCUGGUGCAGGAUGAGUACAGUGCCGAGACGCUGGCCAAUUCCGCGGGUUUGCAGCUGUGCCGCAAUAAGCAGGUGCAGCAUCAGGAGAUCAUUGUCCAGCAGCCCUGCCCGCCGCCCAAUGGCACACAGGUGCUGCACGAUUAUCAGUUGCUGCCGCAGCAACAUGUGCUGGAUGCCACACUCAGCUAUGAUCAGACCACAUCUGUGGCCCUGGUGCUGGCCUCUGUGUUGCUCUUCUGUUUGACAUUCAUAAUCUUUGUGUGCAAUUGCCGCGGCGCGUGCCGCAAGCGACGCAGCCGGCGCUACUAGGCACUCACUUGUAGCCGGAUCCAUCCAACUGUACAUUAGUUAGCAACUAAAUUUCUUUAUAAACAAUAACAAAAAAAUUGUAGUCGAGGCAGCGAACUUUUAACUAACUAAGACAA